AUGUCGGCCACCGAGCAAAUGGCCGCUAUGCUCAAUGAGCUGAUGGGGCCAAAACGAAAUGCAGAUUUUGGUGAUACAAACGAGCCGGAUUUUGAUGAACCGGACGUAUGCAAGCAUUUUCUGGUCUCAUUUUGCCCGAAUGAAAUGUUUCGAAACACAAAAGCGGAUCUCGGUUACUGUCCCAAGGUGCACGACCCAGCUCUACGAACCAAGUAUCGUCAGAGUAGUAGGUUUGAGAAACUUGGUUAUGAGGAGGAUUUCUUGAAUAAAAUACGAAGGCUGGAUGAAGAAGUUAGGAGGAAAAUUGAAAAGAACGAACGUAGAUUGGCCGUCACACAACCGUUAACGAACGGUACGAUGGCAACAACGAGCGAGGAGGGUGAAGUGGAAUCAGAUGCACAAAAGCGUCAGAAAGAGUUGAUCACUGAACAACAGUCGAGUCUAUCGGCUAAAAUCAGUGAGUGCAUGGAUAAAGCUGAGAAGCUCGGAGCACUGGGCAAGGUGGAUGAGGCAAAGGAAGCGGUCAGACAAGCCGAAAAGUUCAAACAGGAACGACAGGCUCUGGAUAGAUUGCUAACACAAUCGGCAAAUCCCUCAAGUCAUAUUGAGGAUCUCGCAAAUCAGUUGUCAAAACCGAUGGAAGUCUGUCAGGUUUGUGGAUGUUUUAUGUUAGUGAAUGAUGUGCAGCAACGUAUUGACGAUCAUUAUGCUGGCAAACAACACAUGGCUUAUGCGAAGAUACGUGCAACUAUUGAAGAAAUGGAUAAGAAAAGGGAGGAGAAGAGAAAGGAACGCGCUGAACGUGAACAAAAAAGUGAAAAGGAUCGACGUGAUCGAGAACGCGACAAGGAGAGACGAGAGGCAAGGGAUCACAGUAGACGACGGGACGACCGGGACCGUGACCGAGACAGGAAUGGCAGGGAUCGAGGAGUGCGUCAUCAUUCACGUUCUCCACGUGGCGGUAGACACGGUGACGAAUCGAGACAUCGGGAUCACGAUCGGAGUAGUCGAGAGGAUAGACAUCGGGAUAGGGACAAGGACGGUAGACGUGACGAGCGUGACAGAGAUCGCUAUAGGGUAUGGUGUUUCGUUGGUGGGGUUAUAUGA